AUGUCGCCGCGGCUCGCGGGGAACAGAUGGGCCGGGGGCGGGCGGGGGCGGGGCCUCGGCACAACAACAACCCCGCCCCCGCCCCCGCCCGCCGCCCGCGGGCCGCGCUCGGGCGGGGGAGGGGCGCCCGAGGGCCGGGGGGAGGGGCUGCGGUUGAGCACCGCCCCCCAGCCCCGCCGGGCCCCGCCCCCACGUGGCCGGGGGUCGCGCCCCUCGGAGGCCGGCGGUCUGCGCCUCGCUGGGCUGCGCCCACGUGGGUCCCGGGCGGCGGACCCCACACCCGGACAGAGCCCGUGGCCUCCUGCCCCUCUCGGGCCGGGGGAGACCUACCCCUCGCCGUCCGCGGUGCGCGGGGUGCUGCGUGGGGGUGGAGGUGGUUCCCCCUGGCCCGGGGGGCGCCAGCGCUCCAGUCCCGUCCGGUCCCGGGCGCAGCCGCUCGGAAACCCGCGUGGGGACCUCUGA